AUGUUUCGAAAUUCUCGAGAAGGCUCAACUAAAUCUACAGGCUCUGCACCGAAACUUUCCACAGGUAGACCUCCUACGCCACCCGGUACGCUUUCAAUUGCUCGACAGGCUACUACAAUGGCCCCUCGAAACACAAACAAACCAACUACCCCGCGACCUAACUCAAAUACCAUUGCUUCUGCUUUUAGCAAGCAACCGGUCAAAAAGAGUGCGAUGACAAAAACACCAGUGAGGGCCAAUGGCAAUAUUCUGAACUUCUUUAAGAAAGUGGACAAUCCACUCAAAGACGAUGACUCUCUCUUUGUAGCCCAGAGAACUGGCGCAGUAUCACAGCUUCCUCCUCGCAAAUCUAGUCCAGAAAUAGAAGACGACGAUUUGUAUGGAGCUAGUGACGGCUUAAUUAAUGAGCGCUACAAUGAGGCUGAAGGAUCGAUCAAGAAGCGCAAACUUUCAGACAACUCGAAAAUUGAAGAUUCCGAAGAAAAUUCCACCACGCCCUCGAUAUCGACCGAGCCAUGUACCCCUCCUCCAGCCGAAAGCCCUAUGACAACUGAAAAGGUGGAUCCUGUAAUCAAAGCACCUCGUCGAUCGGGACCGUUUCUAGAUGAUUCCGAUAGCGAUGAAGACUUUAUGGGAGGCCUCAAGACUGGGCAUCAUAUUCAAGCGCAAACACGUAGAGAAGAAAUUCAGACUGAAGAUUCUUUGAAAAAUGGCGUUGCAGAAUUGGAUAUCAAGAAGGAAUCAUUUAUCAGUAAUACUGCCGCCAAAUCAUCUACUGAAACAGUUCUACCUUUGGGGGGCAGUGUUUUCAAGCCUAAAAAGAGAGUUCCUGUUGCAAGAGCUCAAGCGAAAUGGGAAGCAUUACAACCAAGGAACACAAGGACUAUGUCAUUAUCUGAAGAUGAGGGACAAAAAACUUUAAAGGAAUCUAAGUACUUCGACAGCAAGAGCAAAGGAAAAGUAGAGUCGGAAUCCGAGUACGAUGAGCAAGAGACAUCGAAAGGUCCAAACAAGGCUGAUGCUAAGGACAAGGGGAAAGGAAAACGCAAAAGAAGGAACAGUGCAAUUCCAGAAAUUCCAGCUUUGAAGCAUCAAAAUACAAGUGCAGAUGCAUGGGCAGACUUUGAGGAUAUGGGUGACUUUCCUGAUGAGGAGCUCGAUGGCGAAGAAUUCUUGGAGCGGAAAUGGAUGGAAAAGCAAAACGACCUAGAAGCAUUCGAUGGAGUACAGGAUGACGAAGAUUCAUUCAAUGGUUUUGAUGAUGAUAAAGUCAACAGUAAUGAAGGAGAAGGAAAUGUAUCUACUUGCCCUUUAUGCGAUGCGAAUCUGAGUAGUAUCACGUCUGAUGAAGCCUCGAUGCAUGUCAAUGCGUGUUUAGACGGGAAGCCCAUUCCUCUACCAACGAAGAUCAAAGCAAAGGUCAAAUCAGGAUCAAACGAAACAAAAUUGACCAUGCCCGACAUCGCCAGAAACCGUUUUGCUAGGAAAUCAGCAGUUCCAAGACCAGGGCAGGCGAAUCCUAUCGACCUCGAUAGCGAAGGAGGAUCCGCCUUCUCCAAGAUCAUGUCAGGUCAUGCAGAAGACGCUGCGUGGGCGAAUGCUGCAGAUAAAGAAAAGUCGUCUCGAGGAAAGCCAGCACAUCUGAGGACUUGCCCAUUUUACAAGAUCAUGCCUGGCUUGUUCAUCUGCGUUGAUGCAUUUAGAUAUGGUGCAGUUACAGGCUGUAACGCCUAUUUUUUGAGCCAUUUUCAUAGCGAUCAUUACAUUGGUUUGACGUCUAGUUGGUCAUAUGGUCCAAUAUAUUGCAGCAAAGUCACCGGAAAUCUCGUCAAACAACAACUUAAAGUGGAUCCGAAAUGGGUUGUAUCCAUUGAAUUCGAGGACAAGAUUGAAGUGCCUAAUACUCAAGGCGUUUCAGUAACAAUGAUCCCUGCAAAUCAUUGCCCUGGAAGCUCUCUUUUUCUCUUUGAGAAGACUACGACUCGUGGUCAAAAUCCUAAAGUUCAGCGCAUUCUACAUUGUGGUGAUUUUCGUGCUUGCCCAGCGCAUAUUGCUCAUCCUCUUUUAAUGCCCAACGUUGUUGACACGCUUAGUGGAAAGACUAAACAGCAAAAGAUUGAUGUCUGUUAUCUUGAUACCACAUACCUUAAUCCUAAGUACUCAUUCCCAUCACAAGAUGAUGUCGUAAAGGCAUGCGCAGAUAUGUGUGUUAGUCUUAGCAAAGAAAAUGCAGAAGAGAGUGAUGCAUGGGAAACAGUCAAGAGGGAACGAGCUGGAGUCAAAAUGACAGAGUUUAUCAAAUCUGUUCCUACCGAAACGGGAGAUUCCAACACUCUAGAAACUUCUUCCGAAAACAAGAAGAAAGCUCGUGGUCGACUUCUUGUUGUUUGUGGUACCUAUAGCAUUGGUAAAGAGCGCAUUGUUCUUGGUAUCGCCCGGGCUCUAGAUUGUAAAAUCUACGCAGUCCCAGGGAAAAUGCGCAUAUGUGCGGCAUUGGAAGAUCCUGAACUUACCAGUCGGUUGACAUCAGAUCCUCGAGAAGCACAAAUCCAUAUGCAGAUGCUUAUGGAACUACGGCCUGAAACUUUACAGGACUAUCUCACUGGCUAUAAACCUCACUUCACACGUGUCGUAGGAUUUCGACCAAGUGGUUGGAGUUAUAAGCCACCGAAUUCUCGUUUUGUGGAUUCUCCACCAAUUCAUACUAUUCUUAAUGCUUCAAAUUGGAGAUCAGAAUAUGAUAUGGGGGAGCUAAUACCACAGAGAGGAAGUACGAAAGAAGCGCAAUGUUUUGGAGUACCGUAUUCUGAGCAUAGUAGUUUUAGAGAGUUGACUAUGUUUGUGAUGGGAUUAAGAAUUGAGAAAGUGGUUCCAACUGUAAAUGUUGGUACUGAAAUUGGAAGAAAGCGAAUGAAGAUAUGGAUUGAUAGGUGGUUGGGGGAGAGGAGGAAACAUGGAGUAUUGAAGUUUGGGGGUAAGAAGGAAGAGGGUAUGGUUCAAUGGUAG